UGAACCAAGUAGCCGGAGCAGAGAUGAUUCCGAAACUCAUGUUUCAGAUUCUUUUGCUUCUUGGCUCCAUAAAAGCUCAGGGGCAGGCUGCCACUGAUCAGCUUGCUAAGCCUGGCUGCCAGCAAAAAUGUGGGAAUGUUACCAUUCCUUUCCCCUUUGGAAUUGGACCAGCCGGUUGUUUUCUCGAUGACUGGUAUGAGGUUGCUUGCCCAAAUGGCACAAACACUCCCAGACUCAAAAAACUUAACUUGCAGGUGCUGAAUAUCACCCUUCCAGACUUCUAUGGACCAGGGGGUGAUGCCAUAUGAUCACAGUCAGUUUCCCAGUAAUCUACUCCAGAGACUGCUCCAAAAACCAAACUCAUGAAUCGGUAAUGCUGGAAGGAAGCUCAUUCAUGAUCGCUCAGGACAGGAACAUCUUUGCUGCAGUGGGGUGUAGCGACGUUGCCCUUAUCGAGAACACCAAGUCUGCGGUUGUUGGAUGUAAGCUGUCAGAGUGCAGCUCAAGAACCAAUGGCACAAGCAUCAGCCCCAAUAGUGAUUGCUCGGGUUUGGGUUGCUGUCAAACAACGACAAUGUUUGGACUGCAGUCCUUCAAUGAAGGAUAUGUGCCGGCAGUGCUACAAUGGGGCGUGGCAAACACUACACACUUUGGAAUUAAUCUCCUGGGUCAUACUAGUCGCGAGAAUCACUAUUCCUGCUCAAAUAUAAGCAUGUCUGACAAUGAUCCAAUUAUGCCGUUCAUGCAGUGUUCCUGUGACUAUGGCUAUGCUGGUAACGCCUACCUGGACAAUGGAUGUCAAGGCCCGCGGCACAGGAUUGAACUCAGAGACGUACAACCAUUCAUAUAUAUUGCACUCAUUCUAAUAGGUAGUGUAGGUAUUGGAGCGUGCCUUGUUUCCUCGUGUUGGCUUUGCAGUGCAAUUAAAAGGAGAAGGAAGGUCAAGAAAAGAGAGAACUUCUUCAAGCGAAGGCUGCGAAAUGGAGGUCCCGUGUUGAAGCAACAAUUAUCUUCACCCAGCGAAAACAUGGAGAGGAGCAAAUUGUUCAAGUCAGUGGAGCUGGCCAAGGCUACAAACCAAUUCAACGAGGACCGCGUACUCGGUCGGGGAGGCCAGGGAACUGUUUACAAGGGAAUGCUAGCCAACGGAAGCAUUGUUGCAGUGAAGAAAUCUAAAGUUAUAGAUGAUGACUACAUCGAACAGUUCAUAAAUGAAGUCAUCAUCCUCUCGCAAAUAAAUCACAGGAACGUGGUUAAACUGUUGGGAUGUUGCCUCGAUACAGAAGCUCCUCUUCUGGUAUAUGAAUUUGUCCCCAGUGGAACUCUCUACGAUUAUCUCCAUGAUCCAAAUGCAGAGUUCCCAAUUUCGUGGGGCUUGCGCCUUCGAAUUGCUAGUGAAGUUGCAGGAGCUCUUUCCUAUCUGCACUCUGCUGCAACUGUGCCCAUCUACCAUCGCGACGUAAAAACCAGGAACAUACUCUUGGAUGAGAAAUAUCAGGCCAAACUAGCAGAUUUUGGGACGUCAAUCUCAGUUGGCCUGGACCAGACGCAUGUUUCCACAUUGGUACGGGGAACCUUCGGGUACUUGGAUCCAGAGUACUUCCAGUCGAGCCAAUAUACUGAUAAGAGUGACGUUUAUAGCUUUGGAGUUGUCCUUGUUGAGCUAUUAACUGGACAAAAGCCUAUCUUGUCACCGAGGGCACUCGAGCGAAGAAGUUUAGCUACCAAUUUCAUCCUCUCGACGCAACACGGUAACCUGUCUGAUAUUCUUGAUAAACAAGUGUUGGAGCAAGCUCCUAAGGAAGAGGUUGUAGCCGUUGCCAACCUUGCCAGAAGAUGUUUAAACUCGUUUGGAAGUCAAAGACCUACAAUGAAAGAAGUAGCAGUGCAGUUGGAGGGCAUAAGGAAGGUGUCACAUCCCCUCAAAAUGAAGCAAACUGAAAAUGCCGUGGAGUUUGUCUCGUCUGAUCGAGCAAUGGGGAGCAGCGGCGGUGUUUUCACAUCAGCAUGCUUCGAGCUAAUUGCCACUGACACUUCAAUGACAUCGGAUGUUCACCCUCUGAGAUAUGGCGAAACAUGGUGAAUGAGUGCAAAAGGGUGCUGUGUUAUUCUCCAUAUGUUUUUGCGACAGUCGAUAUUUAAUAUGGUGUGCACUUGCGACUCAAUUUAUGGUGAAUUUAGCAAAUCAGGGAAAUCCUAGGGUGCGAUUAUUUGUUUUCUAAAUGCCAGGUCAUGAAUAAAGAACUGCUUCUACUC